GACAUGCCUCUCCAACAGCUCGAGCGUGGUUUCCCUCUGACGUCUCCUCUGUUGGCAGGUGUUCAGAUAUGAGCUGUAUGUGCUUGUGAAUUUCAGAGCCCGAAUAUCACCCUGCAGCGGAGCACCAUGAAACAGGGCGCAAGCAUGACGGAGAGAAGUGGGAGUUUUCACGCGUGGAAAGUGCUGCUGGUGGGGCUGGGUGCGCUGCUGCUGCUCCUGACCUAUGCAGGUUCGGUGUUCCUGCUGGUUCGGCAGAGAGAGCUGACGGAGGAGCUGGUCAGGCUGGACGCCCGGAUGCAGGAGCUGUCCCGGAGCUGCAAGCUGCAGGCAGGGAUCGUGUCCACGGACCCCGGAGAGGCUGCAGAGCUAAAGACCUUACGCCGCAGGAGAAGGAACCAGGACGGGCAACCUGCACAAAGUCAAGACGAGGAGGACAUGAUGAUGCUGAUGACAUACUCCAUGGUCCCUGCCAAAUCCCUCAUCGACCUGUGCUCCAGAGGAGUUUGUGUAAUAGGUCCACCUGGACGUCCAGGUUUGCCUGGUGGAGCUGGUUCACCAGGACCACAGGGUGUGGCAGGGCCAGAGGGGAGACGAGGAAGACGAGGACACCCUGGUAAAAUAGGAGAGCCGGGACCUAAAGGGGACCUUGGGCCUCCACGACUGAAAGACGAAACCUGCAACAGCAUUCUCACUGAGGGUCCUCCUGGUCCAAGGGGUCCGCCUGGUCCACCUGGUCCACCUGGUCCAGCCUGUCCUCACUGUCAUUCUAGUAGAGUGAGAAACAAGACCAUCCAUGGACACAUUCGUCAAACCAACAGGCUGAUGAAGGCAUCUCCUCUCCUGACCAGGGAGGCCAUCAAUGAAACCGACACAGACAACAGGCGCACAAUGAACAAGACUGAAUCACCAACACCACAUCCAGCUGACGAUGCCAGAAAUGUGCUGAAUGUUACAGACUUUGAGAAACUUCCAGAUACAAAAAUGGAACCUGACUCGGUAUCAUUUCAUCCGGAUUACAGCCACAGAACCUUGAAUGACACCGACUCCGAAAAUGUCACAGAGGCACCAGUAAAAUUAUCAACAGCCCUGAUUUCUGGCGACCUUGGCCAUGACGGUGAUACCUUCAGGGGCAGUGGGAAUAUCACCAAUUCAACAAAAAAAAGUGAGUCAGUUUCACCUCGUCCAGGAUACAGACAUGACACCUGGAUUGAAAUCAACACAGGGAAUUUUACAAAGGCACCAAUCAAAUCAUUAACAGCGUUACCAACACCAUAUUCAGCUCAUGGAGCCGGAGAUUUCUUUAAUUUGACUAACUCAGAGAGACUUACAAACAUAGAUAAGGAGACUGUAGAAUCAGUGGCAUCUCAUAAAAACAACAGCCACACCCCCUUGAAUGACUCCAAAACAGAGAAUAUUAGAUGGACACCAAUACAAUUACUAACAGCCCCACGUUCUGCUGACCAAAGCAGAGAUGCCUACACUGGCAGAGAUGCCUACACUGGAGUCAUCACUGAUAAGCCCAUUAAAAGUGAUCCAUCAAAACCACAUCCACCUAACAACGUGAAUGUUACUGAUUCUGACGAACUCCUAAACACAAAACUGGAACCUGAGUCAGUAUCAUUUCAUCAAAACAACAGCCACGGCAACAUGAAUUAUAUGAAAAGUGAGAAUGUUACAAGGGCACCAGUGCAUUUAUUAACAACCCCACUUUCUGUGGAACUGACUCAAAAGAUGGAACCGUACAAUAGCAGUGAAAACCUUAUUGAUACACCCAUGGAAAGUGACUCUUCAUAUCCGCAUCAAAACAACAAGAUCAAUGAGACGUGGACAAGAAAAGAGUGCAGUAUUAAAGCUAUUAAAUGUUCGGAGAAAGUCACCAAAAAGAAAAGCACUUUCGGAGCCUUGAUGUCAGAUGUUUCAUGGCAGGAUGAUGGUAGAUACUGGCUGGCCGAUCAUUUUUCAGGUCGAAUUUUGGCAGAAUAUGAGAACAUCUCAGCCUUUCAGAGCACAAGCAACAAAAGUAUAGAUGUCAGGAGGUUCUACCAGGGAUGUGGUCAUGUUGUGUACAAGGGUUCAUUUUACUUUCACAACGCAGGAACUAACAAUCUUAUAAAAUUUGGACUGAACACUGGGAGAGUAGACACUCUGACCAUGGGAAACAGCAGAUAUAACAAUCUGACUUAUCUUUUCCGCAACUCAAAGACUUACUUCAAGUUUGCUGUGGAUGAAAAUGGACUGUGGGUCAUUUUUGCAUCGGAUACAGAUGAUAAUACCAUGGUUGCGAAGCUCAACCCUGACACUUUCUCUGUGGACACAGUCAUUAAGACGUCCUACCCUACAACUAAAGCAGGAAAUGCAUUCAUUGUGUGUGGAUUGCUAUAUUUUACAGAUGAUAACGACAGAAGAGUGACAUACGCCUUUGAUUUGAAGAAAAAUAGUCCUUUUGAUGCAAGUUUUGAAUUAAGGCCUGCUAAAGGCAUCUUGGCUAUGCUGUCAUACUAUCCCAACAAAAAGCUUUUGUAUAUGUGGGAGAACAGCAAAGUGAAAACCUGCAAAGUUAAACUCAAUGUGACUGAAAAAUUAACCGUGUAAAUUGAGCAAUUAAAGACUUUUUGAAAUAGCAGGUUGUUUUUUUAAAAAUAUGAUUUUUAUGAAACAGUGACCUGAAUUUGACGGAGAUGGAAGUUGCUGGUAGAGGUUUAUUAGGUUGCACUGGCUAUUGUUUGCCUUGAAUGUGUGAUCCUUCAGUAAAUUCAAGAUCACUGAGAAGUGACAAUGGCCUGAAAGCAGCGUGAUAUGGAUAUUGUUUCACUGAGGAAAAUUAAUUUUGAGCUGCAACAGGUUUCGCAAACGUCUCAGUGAAAGUACUUGACUGACGCAACAGAGAAGAAGGAACAAGGUCUUCAGCAGAAGGCUACACAAACAGAGGUCAUGAAUGAGUUUCUACCGUCCUAAUAGGCGCAGAGCAGAUGAGCAGAAGCACGCAAAGAACCUUCGAUCUGAACAUACACCAGGAAAGAACCUUUGUCUGCAGAAAAGUUUAUCAAGUGGGACAGGCAGUCAACCAGAUUUCAAUGUCUGUCAAUGUUUUUAUGUUGUUGUUGUUGUUGUUGUUGUAAUUUGUCAGGAAAUUUGAAGUAUGAUAUAAAUAAAUAAAGGUUUUAUGAA